CCCGACUUUUGGCUCCAAAACUAUCCAAAUUGGCGCUCCAUAUAUUUCCAUAAUUGCAGCGAGGAAAUGCGUUGAUUUUCUCCGCCCUCAAAGAGAGCAAAAAUGUCGAGGUUCAUUCAUAUAGCAGACGCCAUGGCUUCACUGAACCAAAAAGUCAAUCUCAUUGGCGUCGUCACCGAGAGUGGCAUUCAAAGGAAGUCUAAAGGAACUGAUUAUUAUGUUUCAAUCAGAAUCGUUGAUGAAUCGCGGCCGAGUCCUGCGCUUCCAGUUAAUUUUUUCACGGAGACAAUGGACAAGCUGCCUCAAGGGAUAACAGAGGGAGAUAUCAUUCUGCUUUCUAAAGUUCUGAUGAAAAUUCAUGGACCUGAUGUUUAUGCUUGUUUCAACAAGAAGUACUCAUCAUUUGCUUUAUAUGAAGGAAAAAACAGUACAAGCUUUGAGCCUUACCAAUGUUCUGAUAAAUUUUGUCCAAUAGAGCAAGUUAAUAAGAAAAUUAUAUUGGACCUGCGAAAGUGGUUGUUGGCUGGUCACCAAAUUGAUGCUGGGUUAACUGACUUACUACAAUUGGAAGAGUUGAAGGAAGGUGUCGGCUUCAGUUUGGUUUGUAAGGUUCUUCAUGUGUGUGAAACUGAAGGAGACCACUGGAUGCUCUUUGUGUGGGAUGGUACUGACACUCCCCCAGUUGCAAUCAAAUCCAACCUAGAAGAUGAAAAGGAAAAUCCGCUUCCUUUACAGUUGGAACCUAUUCCUUUAUCAAGAGAUGUUUUAUGUACAUUCCCACCUGUUGGAACUGUUUUAAGAGUGACUGUUGAUUCUGGUGAUGUAAAGCUUGGCCUCAACUGCAUUAAAACGGGUCGAUGGGUGAAGCUCAUAGGCUUGAAAUGUGAAGUUCGCUCAUCACUGUGGUGUGCUGUUCUAAAGUCAUUUACAAAAUUGUGUUACUUGUCUGAUGACAAUGACCUCGUAUUCAAGCACGAAAGGAGUUACAAUGGCCGUUUUUCAUCAAGACGGGGACAUAAGGUUUUUACAUGUUUUCCUUGCCAUUCUGGCUUGACAGAGACUUCAUGUUCUCGGAAAGUGCCCUUCAUCACUCUGAUGAAUGUUCUAACCUAUCCAGAGGUGACAUAUAAGUAUCGAUGUGUAGUUCGAGUAGUAGCAACAGUACCUUGGCGAGUUUCAGACUUCCGUUCUCCUUCAAAAGUCUACAAGAUCAGGUUGACACUAGAGGAUCCAACUGCCAGAAUCCGCGCUUUUCUAUAUAAAGAUGAUGCGGAAGAGUUUUUUGCUCGUUUCCCAUCGCCUGAUGAUGUAUUAACAAGAGAGUGGAAUGCGUUGCUUGGAAUUCCCAACACUGAUGAUUGUAGUGAAGUAGGUGAUGCUUCCAGUUCCAGACACCCGCCAUGGAUUGAUUGCUGCUUGAAAUCUUAUUACAUUGACAAAAAUGAUGUUUGGGGAAGUAGGUACUAUCAGAUCUUUUCAACAACUCUCGUAGGACGGCCACAAGCAGGUCAGUAACUGUGAAUUCUGCAUAAUCUGUAAUCUUUUUGGCACUACAUCCGUAAAUAUGGUUAGACAGAAGCA